AUGCAAACCCUCGACAUUCCUUUCACCUCUUAUGUCAAAUUCAUAUUCCUCCUCGGUGCAGCCAGCUGGCUCUUCUAUCGUGCCUAUCAGGUUCUAAAUAAACCCGUCGACGAGCUCGCCGGCUUGCUUGGUCUGGACAUUCCGCCAACACCUCUCAUUGAUCUCGCCGACAUCCGAGCCGAUGGCGCAAUCAUCCAUUGGUCCUUACCGGACCAGCAGAAACACAAAAACAGCCUCAAAUUCGAGAUCCAUCUCAACGGGACAGUCAUACAGACCAUCUCGGUGCAAGAGUCGGCCGUCACCAUCACCGGGUUAUUGCCGGGUUCUUCCUACAUUGUACGUGUGGGAUUGGUGAACAGCUCAGAUUUCGGGUCGAAGAGCGCGCCCAUUCGCUUUCAGACCAAGCCGCCUACCUCCGGCGAUUACUUUAUCUCGGCUACGUCUGAGCCCGGCGACGGAGAUCAGGAUGCAGCGUCCCAGCCCAUCCCGCGAGCGCUGCCUUAUCGCGGGUUGAAGAACAUACCAAUUGCUUCACCAGAAGAGCAGACGUCUGCCCGAGAAUUGGGCGCGAAUGCACGACGAUCGACAAUCGGCGCAAGGAGGGUCUCACCAGCUUUGAACGUCAUCGAACGGCAGGAUAAGGCUGCAGCGGAGGAUGAGGAAGGGGAGACGAUUCAACAGUUGACAGAGAGGUUGGACGAGAUCCGGCGCGAGAUCGAGGACGCGGAACGCUGCGCCAACGACGACGAAGAGGAUGAGGUGCGCCAAAAGGAGGAGCUGUUGGAGGAGCGAGAUCGACUCAAGGCGGAGGUCAUGGAGCGGGACAAAGCGAGCAAAGGCCUGAGAAAGGAGUUGGGCAUACUCGAGCGACAGAACACCACCGCGCAGAACGAGCGCAUCAAACAGGACAAGAUUUUGCAACAGAAGAAACAAGAAAGGCAGAAGUUGGUGGAUGAUGCGAUCCAGUGGGAGCGUGAUGCUCAAGAAAUGCAGCAGGAUGUGGAGCGACUGAGGCGGGAAAAGCAGGAUUACAUCGCAAAGGCCAAAGAGCAACGAGAGAGCUUGGUGAAGAAGCAAGCCACUGAGCUUGCCUCGAUCAAAGCGCUUGAGGAGCAACUCAAAGCCAAGACCCUCGAAGUCAAGAAAUUAGAGAGGGAAGUGAAAGAGGCCAGCCCACAAGGAGCCGAUGCGGAGCUGUACCUCGCGCAACAACAGCAGCAAGAUGCAGAGGACAGACGGCAAUGGGAUCUGCACUAUGGCGCCUUACAGCACGAAUAUGCGGUGGCGGCUCAGAAGGAACAACAAGCGAAACAUAUCCACGAAGAGCAGGUUAGGAUACUGCAAGGCUUACGAGCACGGAGGAGACAAGAGGAUCUUGCACAGUAUUCGUCUCCGCCUGCAUCUCUGCCUCGUCGCACCGAUAGUCAACGGAGCCGGCGCGGACAGAGUGGGCAGAACGGACAGAGCGCCACCGAAAGCCCACGCACAACGCUCUAUCAGACAACCUCCAGCUCUUUUGGCCCUAGCUUAACCAGUACAGCUUCAGUGUUUGGACCUUCAGGAUCGAUGAUGCAUAUUGGGAAUGGCAUGGGCAGCGGACUUGCAAGCUCCGAAGUUUUGAUCUCCGAAGCGGACCGACAACGUUUGACUGGCGGCGCCAUGUUGAGCCCGGGCGCAGGUGCCGAACUUCUCCCCGCCGAUCUCUUCAUGGACGGUGACAGCCGGAGCUCGUAUGUCCAGCCCUUACCUGGUCUGGGCGCGAUCCCCAACGCGAUUCCCGGCCUGGGUGAGAUUCCUGCUCAGACGACGCCAGACCAAACCAACGCCGGUCCCGUCAGUCCCAUCUCCGAGACAGGUCGGUCGCAAAGCGUCUUCGCCAGUCCGCAAGCCAGCCAACAGAAUUUACAUCUGGGGUCUCCCGAGAACAUCAUCGACGCCGACCGGCGAUCGAUCCGAUCAACACGCUCCAACCGUGCGACCAGCGGCGGUGCCACGGGCAGUCGCUUCAGCGGCAUGUUCGGCAUCAUGUCGAGGUCGAAGGCGGUCUCCGCCGAGGAAGGCCUCGCUCUGGGGAAAGUGCAGAGCCAUUCGAUGCCACGCCAUGAUCAAGGACUUCCUGGCCUCGACCUCUCGAGUCGCAAACGCAAUAGUAGUAUUUCUGCCUCGGUGAUGAGUGGGGGAUCUUCCUCGCUAGCCAACGAGGCCUUCGAUGCACAAUCCGACGAUGCAUUGCCUCGGAGCCGGCGGCCAUUUGCAUUCUUCCACAAGGAGAAGGGUUGGCCUAGUUCUUUCGGUCAUCCGCGGAACGAGCCGACCACCCGACCAGUUUCAACGCAUUCCAUCGACUUGCCUCGGCCCUCUCUCGACGGCGGAAAUCGCUGGAUGGUUGACCCCUGGCCAAGCAACGAUGCCAGCGGCAGCGGGAAUCGCAGCAGCCCUCUCGCAUUCGGCACGACGAGCUGGAACCCCCCGGCUUCGCAGCAGAGUCGCGUAUACGGGUCUCGGCUGCCGUCUCGUCGACCUUCGGCUCAGUACGGUGUCCACGGGCCUCCACCAGUUGGCAUCCCCGAGGCGGACGAUUUCUCAGAUGUUUCGGAUGCCGACCCGGAGGCUUAUCUGGCGCCCAUCGGCACGAGACCGACACCGAGUCCACGGAAACCAUCAAAUCCUGAUGAGCCGGCGUCAAGUCCUGCUGCCAGCGCCGCUCAAACGGCUGCCGCCUCUGCCGCAGCCGUUGACCCGACGAAGCUCAAUCCCGCCGCCAAAGACUUCAAGAGUUUCUUCUCCAGCAUCAAACUCCGCGACAAAGACAAGGACAAAUCCAAAGAACCCUCCUCCUCCUCCUCCGUCGUCGGCACCCCGGCCCUGGACGGCAUCGACACCAACGACUCACCCCCGGCCAGCCGCAAAUCCCGAGAAACCCGCGACGGCGCCCACCUCUCCCUCACGACCACCCUCGAGUCCAACGCGCUCGAAUCCGGCCGCCAGUCCCCGAUCCUCUUCGCCCUCACGCCCUCGCAGACCAACACCUCCGAGGCCAUCGCGCCGUCCCCGCUCCUCAGCCCCAGCGUCGGCGGCAGCUCGCUCGGCAAGGAGACGUUCAUGCAGAAGCUCUCGCGCAAAUCCAGCUCCGGCAAGUUCGCCCUGCCGACCUUCAAACGCAGCGGCGGCGGGGAGAAAUCCUCCUCUUCCAACAACGUGCUGCUCACGCCCACCACGCCCACCGUCCCGAGCGUCGGCGGCGCCACCGACGACGACACCGACGACGCCAUGUCCGCCAGCGUCGGCAGCCUGCGCGAACGCGACUCGCGGGAAUUCGGCGCGUCGACGUCAUCGCAGCAGCAGCAGCAGAGGCACAGCGGGCGCGGAUGGGGCCAUGUCCUCAAACUCGGCAGCGGCGGUGGCGGUGGCAGUGCGGCAGGGAGCUCGAUCGGUGCGGGGGAGAGGAUGGGGAGGAGGAAGGGAGGUCAGACGCCGAGCCUGAGCAGCAUGAGUCUGAGGAGCGGCGGGACGGGGACGACGGAGGAAGGCGGGAAUGGGACGGUCGGUGAGGAGUGA